AUGAAGGUUAUCAUUGCUGGCGCGACUGGGUUCGUGGGGCAAGAGGUCCUUUCACAGUGCCUGGCCCAUCCCUCAAUCACAUCUAUUAUUGCCCUAUGCCGCCGUGAACUGCCUAUCACACACCCUAAACUCCAUGUCCACCGCAUGAACGACCAGGAUUUUCUCUUCUACUCAGACCCCCAGCUCUCUGCCUCUCUCCAAGGCGCUGAUGCUUGUAUUUGGACGCUAGGUAUUACUCCCUCGCGCGCUUCUGAUGAACAGGCCUUCCGGCGGGUGACACUGGAGUAUACCAGCCAGGCCGCCAAGGCCUUUAACAAUGCCUUUACUGCUUCAAAAGAGGCAGGGCAAGAAGCCUUCGCCGGCCCAAAAUUUCGUUUCGUGUAUUUCAGCGGCGGAAUGGCUGAGCGCGACCAGUCGAAACCUCUGUGGUUGAAUGCGGGCUAUCGUCGUGUGAGGUAUAUUCUGCAGGUGGAUGUGUUGGCGCGGGCAGCGGUCGAUGUCGCCAUCCAGGGACAUUCAGAGAAAAUCUGGGAGAACGCCCAAAUUACUGAGUGGAAGGACGUGGGUGGUCAACAUGGUUAA